AUAGCAACCAAAACCCAAGAAGUGCUCACCCUCGAAGGGGCCAAGAUCGCCGUUGCAGCCGCGGAGAAGAAGGCGAAGGAGAUUGAGGUUGAUAUGAAUAUCGCGGUUGUUGAUGCGUCGACACACUUACUACAUUUCUCGAGGAUGGAGGGGGCGAAGAUUACGAGUAUUAGCAUAGCAAUGGACAAAGCCUUCACAGCAGCGGGCCACCGUGUCGGUACACACAUGUACAAAGACGCCGUGUGGCCAGGCGGAGUGGCUUACGGACUCGGUAACACCAAUGGAGGCAGAUUUGCUACGUUUGGUGGAGGACUACCGAUUUUGAAUGCAAGGGGGGAGGUUAUUGGGGGGAUUGGCGCGAGUACGGGGACGCCGGCACAGGAUCAACAGGUUGUGCAGGCGGGGGUGGAUGCGUUGGAGGAGGUUUUGAGGAGAAGGGUGAAAGCGAAGUUGUAG